GCGGGUGUGAGCUGCUUGUUGGUGCAGAGCCCUGGCCAAGCGGGGCACGGUACCCUGCGUCUCUCGGUGGAGCACGGCUACACUCCGUGUCAGUCCCUUCCCGCAGGGCGCAGGACGGAGACACCUUGCUUUUCUGGGUGACUUUGGGCGAACCCCGUACCUCUCUGCGCACGUACGUGUCUGUGGCACGCGGGUGGAGGACUGAGCCCGGCCCCCCUCUCGCCUGGCCAUUCACCUCCACGGCUGUGAAGGGGCAGCGGGAUGGACAGGUUCCUGGUGAAGCCUGAUCAGGACGACCUCCGAGGGGAAAGGGAGGAGCCAGCCCCGCCGGGAGGAGCCUCGGGCGGCCAGCCGAGCCUCAACUGGCGGCACCUUCGUGGGCAAGGUCUGGAUUGUGAUUACACUGUCCUGUUUGGGAAAACCGAGGCAGACGAGAUCUUCCGAGAGUUGGAGCAACAAGUGGAGUAUUUUACCGGUGCUCUGGCCAAGGUCCAGGUGUUUGGAAAGUGGCACAGCGUUCCCAGGAAGCAGGCGACCUACGGAGACGCUGGGCUGACAUACACGUUUUCCGGUCUCACGCUGGCACCGAAGCCCUGGAUCCCAGUUCUAGAGCGUGUUCGAGAGCGAAUCUGCAGGGUGACAGGACAGACCUUUAACUUUGUGCUCAUUAACAGGUACAAAGACGGCAGCGACCACAUCGGGGAGCACAGGGACGACGAACGAGAGCUGGCCCCCGGGAGUCCCAUCGCGUCUGUCUCCUUCGGGGCUUGCAGAGACUUCCUCUUCCGGCACAAAGACUCUCGAGGGAAGAGGCCCCGGCAGACAGUGGAGGUCGUCAGGCUGCAGCUGGCCCACGGGAGCCUACUGAUGAUGAACCACCCCACUAAUGCCCACUGGUACCACAGUCUCCCCAUCCGCAAGAAGGUCCUGGCUCCUCGGGUCAAUCUGACUUUUCGGAAAAUUUUACCUAGUAAAAAAUAAAACAUGUUUUUUAUUAUUUUUA